AUGCCGCUCUCGCCCUCGCCCAUCGCCUCCGACACGACUGCGGCAUACUCGGCUGUCGCCGCCGACGACCUGCCCGACGACGCCAAGGACCAGAUCGUCCUCGAGUCGCCCGAGCGCGCCGUCACCCUCGGCUCGUGGAUCGUCUUCUCGUGGGUCGAGGCGCUCAUCAACAAGGGCAAGAAGCACCAGCUCGGGUACCGCGAUGUGUGGAAGUUGCCGCCGACCAUGCAGUCGUGGGGCGUCAAGCAGGACGCGCAGGCCCUCAAGUCGACCCGCAUCAUCGGCCGCGUCUUCUACAACAACUCGCUCGACCUCAUCCUGUCGCUCACUCUCGGCCUCACGUCGUCCUUCCUGUCGUACGCCUCGCCCUUCUUCCUCAAGCAGAUCCUCGAGGCCCUCACGCCUCCCGCCCCGGGUGCCCCGUACGACCCGACCCUGCGCCAGAGCGCCUACAUCUACGCCCUCCUCGCGUUCGUCGCCCAGGUGAGCCGCGCCGAGGUCGACCUGCAGCAGCUGUGGCACGAGCGCCGGGCCAUCACGCGCGCCAGGACGGCCCUCAUGAGCGAGGUGUACGAGAAGGCGCUCAAGCGGCGCGAUGCGAGUGGCGCGACGGGCAAGGACGAGGCGGCGCCGAAGAAGAAGAAGGACGCGUCGGCGGCGGCGGCGGCGGCGUCGACAAAGGGCAAGGGCGGCGUCAAGGGCAAGAAGGCCAUCCCCGAGGCGCGAGGGACGACGAGCACGGGCAAGAUCGUCAGCCUCAUGGCGGGCGACGUCAACAAGAUCUCGAACCAGCUCAUGAGCCUGUCGUCCAUCUUUGGCGCCCCGUUCGAGCUCGCCAUCGCCAUCACUUUCCUGUACCAGAUCCUCGGCUGGACUUGCCUCGUCGGCCUCGGCGUCAUGGCGCUCGCGCUCCCGAUCAACCACGUCCUCGUCAAGCGUCGCCUGCGCAUCCACCGCAAGAUGCUCGCGUCGCGCGACGCGCGCAUGGAGAUCCUCAACGAGCUGUUCCAGGCCAUCCGGUUCAUCAAGUACUCGGGCGACGAGGAGAGCUGGCUCGGCAGGGUCUUUGCGGCGCGCAAGACCGAGCUCGACUGGCUCCUCAAGACGCGGAUGAACAACCUCGCCAUCAACGCGCUGUGGAACUUCUCGCCCGACCUCGUCAUGAUCGUCUCGAUCGCCUGCUUCACCCUCGUCGCGCACCAGCAGCUCACGGUCCCGGUCGCCUUUACCGCCCUCGCCUUGUUCGGCAUGGUCCGCUCGCCCAUGACCAUGUUGCCGACGUCCAUCACCCAGCUCCUGCAGACCUGGGUCUCGAUUCAACGCCUCGAGCAGUUCUUCCAGGACGACGAGGUCGACCCGUGGGUCUCGUCGCUCCGCUCCGACACGGCUGCGCCCUCGUCCUCGACCGACGACAGCGUCCAGGUCGGCAUCUCGAGCGGCACGUUCAAGUACCACGAGAAGGACUCGGCCGAGGCGCCGCCGGCAGCUCCAGCUCCCGCAGCAGCCGGUGCAGGCGUCGACAUCGAGCGCAAGUUCGAGCUCGCCGACAUCGACGUGCGCUUCCCCGAGGGCAAGCUCUCGCUCGUGUGCGGGCCGACCGGGUCGGGCAAGACGUCGCUCUUCCUCGCGCUCCUCGGCGAGAUGACCUGUGUCUCGGGCGUCGUCCACCUCCGCAAGGGCUCGGCCGGCUCGGACCUCGACUCGUCGACCGGCCUGUACGACGGCGUCGCCUACGCCGCGCAGCUUCCCUGGCUCCAGCACGACUCGAUCCGCAACAACAUCCUGUUCGGCUCGCCGUACGAGCAAGAGCGCUACGACCAGGUCAUCGAGGCGUGCGCUCUGCAGGCCGACCUCGAGAUGUUCGACGGCGGUGACGAGACCGAGAUCGGCGAGCGCGGCAUCUCGCUCAGCGGCGGCCAAAAAGCUCGUGUCGCCCUUGCUCGCGCCGUCUACUCGCGCGCCAAGACCGUCCUCCUCGACGACCCGCUCUCGGCUGUCGACUCGCACACGGCGCGCCACCUCUUCCGCAAGUGCCUGCGUGGGCCCCUCCUCGAGCACCGCACCGUCCUCCUCAUCACGCACCACAUCUCGCUGUGCCUGAGCUCGGCCGACUACGUCGUCCGCCUGUCCGAGGGCCGCGUCACGCUCAAGGGUCCUGUGGACGAGCUCGACAACAACGAGCUCACGACCGAGCUCAUCGAGGACGACGAUGCAGCAGAAGACGCCGAGCAGGCCGACGACGAGGCGCAGAAGCUCGUCCAGAACGGCAAGGUCGACUCGAAGGACCCGCACGAGGCCGAGCACGCCGCCGCUCUCGCCGCGCGCUCGGGCAAGCUCAUCGUCGAGGAGAAGCGCGCGACGGGGCGCGUCAAGCUCAGCGUCUACAACCUGUACCUCAAGUCGGCCGGCUACUACACGUGGGUGUUCAUGGUCGCCCUCCUGUUCGUCGGGCGUGCGGGGCGAGUCGCCGACCGCGCCUUCUUCCGCUGGUGGGGCGAGAGUUACCGCGUGUCCGACUCGCUCUUCAUGCGCUUCAUCAUGCCGGCCCAAGGCCAGAUCGCCCUGUCCGCCGUCGACGCUCAAGCCUAUGCGCUCCCGCACGUGCCCUCGCCGCCGUCAGCGUCCGACGACGUCUCGUUCUGGAUCAUCGGCUACACGGUCAUCUGUCUCCUGAACCUCGCCAUCACGGUCAUCGGCAUUCUCGCGGCAUUCCACGGCUCGUUCAAGGCGGCGCGCUCCCUCUUCAAGUCGAGCCUCAUCCGGGUCGUCUAUGCGCCGUUCCGGUACUUUGACACGACGCCGAGCGGCCGCAUCCUCAACCGUUACGCGACCGACUUCCCCAUCAUCGACGGCUCGCUCACAGACCAGGUCCGUAUCACGCUCACGCACGCGUUCAGCUUCAUCAUCAACGUCGGCGUCGUCGUCAUCGUCUCGCCGCGCUUCAUCCCGCCGGCCAUCCUCAUCGUCUGGCUGUACACCUACUACGCCCUCAUGUUCGUCAAGACGUCGCGCGACCUGCGCCGACUCGAGAGCAACGCGCGUUCGCCCAUCUUCUCCAAGUUCGGCGAGACGCUUCAGGGCAUCGUCACGGUCCGAGCGUUCGGCGGAGAGCGUCGCUUCCUCAAGGGCCUGUGGGACUCGGUCGACCGCAUGCAGGCCGUCGCGUACUCGAGCGCGAUGAGCAACCGGUACCUCCUGUGGCGGUUCGACUGCCUCGGCGCCGUCGCCGUCACGACGACGAUCUACCUCGCCCUGUUCACGGGCCUGUCGCCAGGCGUCGCCGCCCUCGCGAUCACGAGCGCGCAAGGGCUCGUCCAGAGCAUCUACUGGCUGUGCAGGUGGUGGUCCGCCCUCGAGGUCGACCUCAACGCCGUCGAGCGCAUCACCGAGCUCCUGAAGACGCCGCAAGAGCCGCCGCAGGUCAUCCCGGGCACGCGCCCGCCGGCGACCUGGCCCUCGAGCGUCGGCGGCAUCUCGGUCGAAAACCUCGUCCUCUCGUACGCGCCCGACCUUCCGCCGGUCGUCAAGGACGUCUCGUUCGACAUUCCGCCGAGGAGCAAGGUCGGCUUGUGCGGCAGGACGGGCAGCGGCAAGUCGACGCUCGCGACGAGCCUCCUUCGGUUCACGGACCCGUCGAGCGGCAAAAUCAUCAUCGACGGCAUCGACAUUACGACGAUCGGCCUCAACGACCUGCGCUCGGCCGUGACCCUCAUUCCGCAAGAAGCCGUUCUCUUCUCGGGCACCGUCCGCUCCAACCUCGACCCGUUCGGCCAGCACACCGACGGCGCCUGUCUCGAGGUCCUCGACCGCGUCGGGCUCAUCAAUACCUCGGCGGCCCCGACUGCGCCUACCUCGACCGGCGUCGCUGGCGACCCGACGACGGCGCUCGCCGACAGCGCGACGACGCAGACGACGAGCGAGGACAGCACCGCCGUCGCCGUCUCGACCGGGCUCGCGUCGCAGCAGGUCGGCUCGGGCCGCAUGAGCGUCACGCUCGACAGCCAAGUGAGCCCGGGCGGCAACAACUUCUCGGCUGGACAGCGACAACUGCUCGCCCUCGCACGCGCUCUCCUUCGCAAGAGCCGCAUCAUCGUCAUGGACGAGGCGACCGCCUCCGUCGACUUUGAGACGGACGCCAAGAUUCAGCGCACCAUCCGCGAGGAAUUCUCCGAGUCGCUCGUCUUGACCAUCGCCCAUCGUCUACGGACUAUCGCCGACUACGACCUCGUCCUCGUCCUCGACCAGGGCAGUGUCGUCGAGUACGACUCGCCGGCGACGCUCAUGCGCAACAAGGACGGCGUGUUCCGCAAGAUGUGCGAGAAGGCGGCAGACUGGGGCGAGCUGCGGCGCAUGGCUGGGCUCGGCGAGGACGAGUAGAACGGCGUCAUGGCGCGAGGGAAUCUCUCUCUCGCUGCUCUCGCAAUGCAACUAUCGCACUUUGCUCUCUC